AUGGCGAUCCCCGGCCAGCGGUUCGAACUGGAUCUGGACGCAAAUGAUUUUACCGUAAAGCCUCUCAGUGAGCAUGAUCACUUCUCGAGCCCUGUUUCCAUGAUCAAGGAUCUGCAAGAACACGACUCCGAGUCUCCUCCACCUCCCCCCGUCUUCAGGUCUACAAAGUCGGGCUUUCCUGAACACAAAUCUCGCUUCAACGCAUCUUCUUUCAAGCAGAGACAAGAGGGUGCGAGGGCGAGAAUACCCCCAACAGCCGCUUCUCGUUUGGAACCCUCUGAUAGAGCCAUUACCCAUCAGGUGGCCAAAAAAUAUGGUGUCGAUUUUGACUCACAGCAGAAAGCGGACAUAGAAGAGGAAAACAAGAGACGAAUUGCUGAAAUGUCUUCAGAAGAUAUCGAAGAAGCGCGUGCUGAGCUCAUGAAAACACUCAACCCUGCCUUUCUCGAACGCCUGUUGAAGCGAGCCAAUAUCGACGAAGACUCUUCGAACCAGAAUUCAUGGCCCGAAGACGCAGAAAAUGUCCUGCAAGGACACCCGGCUCAUGAGAACGUUAUCUCGGAUCCUCCUGUCCAAAAGCCUGACCAGACAUCUUCAGGUCCUACAGUCCAUUUUCCUGCGCCCCCAAGAUUGCAGUCGGAAUAUGUUCCCCUAGACACCAACGACCCUUCUUUCCUUUCUGAACUCAAAUCCCACUACUUUCCCGAAAUAUCUCAUGACCCACAGUCGCUGUCCUGGCUCCAAGACCCUACGGAUACGGAAGAACAAGAAUCAUUAUACAAUCCUGAGAGGGAUUCAUUUCCCCCAUCGGCUUUGCGUUUUGGCUUCAACGGCCGUCUGAUUCCCCCAAAAGAAAGCUUAGAUAUCGAUGUGAAGCAGGGUCUUCAUCAUCAUGGUGACGCACCGAGCAGCGCUGGGUAUACUAUUCCCGAGCUUUCACUACUGGCCAGAUCUUCUCUACCGAACCAGCGAUGUGUGGCAUACCAAGUGUUGGGGCGAAUCUUGUACAGGAUAGGGAGGGGUGAUUUUGGCGCCCGCGGAAGCGACCUUCAAGAGGCGCUUUGGUACACCAUUGAGCAUGAAAAGCCACUCGAGGUUAUGAUGAGUGAAGCCAAUCGUCAAUCCGGCCAUGCCAGUGCCAAAGCCUAUGCCACCGAGGCUCUAUGGCUCUGGCGGCAGGGAGGCGGCGGCGACAGAGGUGUCCUCAAACCAGGCCAGAAUCUUGCAAAAUAA